AUGGAUACACUAAUUCAUACUGGCAGCAACGGAUGGGCCACCCCUAUCUAUGGUUUCCUAGAAGAACCAAGUGGAACCAACUGGAAGUGCGGAAUUGUUGAUCGCUCCCGGUGGUCUCUUGGUCCAACUCCCAAGGACCUACUUACGUCGGAGGAAGUAGCAGCACAUGAGAGGGCCAUUCAAAAGGCGGAUGAGUCCCAACAGAGCCUCCGACGCACCCAAAGGAUACUUCGACUGCAGCACCUUCAGUGGUUAUCGCAUCGAGAGUUCAUGGCCUCAUUUGGCAAGCUGUCUAAGCGGAGCGUCAUUGCUGUCACAGACGAACCAAUCACCGUGGGAACAUCAACAACGGAGGGAAGCCAAGAAAUAACGCUCUCAACAAACGAGAAAUCCAAUUCAACCGAUGGAAUACUGCCUGUCUCAGAAGGUACAGAUUCCACGACAAUUCCACCACCAUCUACUGAUGGUGGUCAGUUUCAAGAACUUAGUGCUGUCGCGACGGUUCAUCGUCUUGCAAUCCGAUCGAACACGAUAUCAAUAUCGGGCGGCGUUUUGCGGGCGCGGUUACGAUAUUUAAUACAGCUGCAUCGAGCUAUUGAAGGGCAGCACAGCCUCUCCGUGGAAGUGCGGUUGCACCCACAAUAUCCGCCUAUCUACACUGGGACCGUUGAUGAUGUUUGCACGUACUGGCCAGCUGAUGCACCUGGUUCACGGUGCUCGUUGAAAAGAAAACGGUUCUACCAGAAUGGAAGCAUUUGUUUGUGCCACAUGCCUCCGGGUAUCUACCACCAGCGUCUUAAGAUAAAUUUCGGCAACGUGUUCGAAGGCGCACAGAUCUCUGAGUUCUUAAUCAACCUCCUCUUCUCUGGACAGAAUCUCAACCUUUACGUGACGGUACGAAUACUGACAGCAAACAACGCUGCAGUAGCCUGCUUGCAGUCCAAAAUACCAGUUUCCUUUUCUUCCGUCUAA